AUUUUGCAAGGGAAGGACAAUGGUAGAGUUUCCUGUACGCAACCACAGAACACUCCGGCAUUUCUUGUAACGUUCACGCUGUCUCUAUUUCCACGUUGCUGGAUCCUAUAAAACCGAAAUCACCUUUUAAAAGGGGAGGAAAACUCACAAGCAGAUCCAAAAUUAGGAGUCAAAACCAUGGAGAACAAGAAGGAGCAGGCGGAGUCGCACCAGAGCGUCGUCGUGAUGAGGCACGGUGACCGAAUAGAUAACUUCGAGCCACUUUGGGUGACGACGACGGACAGGCCUUGGGACCCUCCUCUGGUGGAGAAGGGUCGAGUCAGGGCUUUUUGUACGGGUAGGAAGCUCCGGACUUAUCUCGGAUUCCCGAUCCACCGGGUAUUCGUAUCCCCUUUUAUCCGAUGCGUCCAGACUGCUUCCGAGGUUGUCUCUGCACUCUGCGCCGUCGAUGAUGACCCCAACGCCACCAUCUCCGAUGAAGUCUCGAUUGAUGCCUCCAAAAUCAAGGUCUCAGUUGAGUACGGAUUAUGUGAGAUGUUGAAUAGGGAAGCCAUAAGAAAUGAUUAUGCACCCAGAGAUGGCAACUUUGGUUUCAACAUCUCAGAGAUUGAAGCAGCGUUACCUGCUGGGACUGUGGACCAUUCUGUCGAACGAGUGUACAAAGAGUUGCCCGAGUGGGAAGAGACUGUGGCUGGUGCAAGGAGUAGAUAUGAACAAAUCAUCAAAGCUCUUGCAGAUAAAUACCCUUCAGAAAACUUGCUCCUUGUCACACAUGGGGAAGGAGUUGGUGUUGCUGUCUCGGCGUUCUUGAAGGGCGCAACUGUGUAUGAAGUAGAUUAUUGUGCCUUUGCAGAGCUAAGAAGACCGAUAUCUAACAAGGAGCAGGCCAAAACUGCUGGAGACUUUGAGGUGCUUACAAAUCCAGGUCAAACUGGAAUUGGUUAUUUACCAGGGAGCACAACAAAUGAUGACAAAGUGGAAAAUGUUCAAACAGAACCUCUAUCCCAAACGUGGUCGAAAUAAUGUCCGACUCAAAACAGUUGUUUUCUUUGGUGAAUUUGCCUGGAUUUAUUUUCAAGUCAUUUAUUGAGAGAAAUUACAAUUUCAGAUCCAUUGAUUGUAAAACUAUCAGCAGACAACUGGUUUUAUUUUCUUUGAAGUUCGUAUGAUUCAUUUGUGUUUUGAUUUAUAGAAAUGGAAAAUUCUGCUCUUGUUUACAGGUAAAAUUA